AUGAAGCUUGUGGAGCCCAUUUCAGUCUUCAAGAUCCUCUUCCUGCUGGUUUUGGUUUCCUUAAGUUAUGGGAUACAGAGAGCACCUCGUAUCAUCACCUUAUUAGAAACAGUGGAUGUCCUACUGGAUCACAAUGCCACCUUCAUCUGUGAGGUGGAAUCACGUCCUCCUGCUGACAUCACUUGGAUCAAGAAUAACCACCCAAUAAUGUACUAUGACCCGCGGUAUAUUACCAAGGAGCAGGGACAGAUGCUUAUCAUCCCUCAUGCAAAAGAGUCAGACAAUGGAGAAUACUGCUGCCUUGCCACUAACGGCAUUGGAGAACCAGCCAAGAGUUGUGGAGCUCUGCAGCUAAAGAUGAAGCCACAGAUCAAACGCCACCCAACUAAUGUAACCCUUUUGGUUGAAUCUAAAGCCGUGUUGCCUUGUGUUACCCUUGGCAACCCCAAACCAGAUGUCACCUGGCUAAAAGAUGAUGAGCUUAUUAAGGUCAGUGAUCGUAUUACCAUUCUCGACUAUGGUGCGUUGAAGAUUCAUAACAUACAGAGGGAAGAUGCUGGACAGUAUCGCUGCGUGGCCAGGAAUAGCUUUGGUUUGGCCUUCUCCAAACCUGUCACCAUAGAAGUACAGGCUCCAGCACGUAUCCUGCGUGUUCCGAGGGAUAAAAGUGUAGUGUAUAACAGCCAGAUCUCUCUGGAGUGUAACGCCACAGGAAAUCCAAUCCCCACCAUCACCUGGCUGGAAAAUGGGGAUACUAUCUCAGGCGCAUCAGUUGAUGAGACCUUGGUGGGAGAGGUGAUCCUGUCCGUUCUGAGAGUGACGGUAAAUAAGCCAGCUCUGUAUACAUGUCUGGCCUUCAACAGGCACAGUGCCGGAGCCAACACUGUCAAAGCAACAGCUAGAGUCACUGUCACAGACUGGAGACUCUACCAGGGCUACUGCAGUGCAUAUCGAGGAGACGUGUGCCGCACCAUUCUGCGAGAUGAUUCACUCGUUUUCUUUAACACCUCCCUCCCGGACCCUGAGGGCACACAGGAGUACCUGGUUCAGAGUUGGUGGACAGAGCUAGAAGGACUCAGUAUGCUUUGUAGUUCUGAAGUACGCUCACUGAUCUGCCACACUUCCUUCCCCGACUGCAACCUGUCAGGAUUAGGACCUGCACCUAAACCUGUCUGCAGGGAACAUUGCCUUGCAGUGAAGGAGCUGUACUGCCAAAAGGAUUGGUUAUUACUACUUGAGGGCAGCAGUGCAGGCCAGCCUGGGCCCAGUAUGCUGCCCAACUGUCAGGCGUUACCAAGCCUUCUCACAGACCCUAAUGCUUGUACACAUGUCCCUUUUGUCGAUAUCAAGAAAGAUCAAGUUACAACAACUUGUUACAUUGACAGAGGGCGUUUCUACCAGGGCAGCAUAAAUGUGACGAGGUCUGGGAAACCAUGUCAGCCGUGGAGCGAGCAGGUUCCUCACCAGCACCGCCUGUCUGUUGAUGUCAUCCCAGAGUUGAAGAACUCAGGCAACCACUGCAGGAACCCAGGAGGAAUCAGUGACAAGCCCUGGUGUUACACCACAAAUCCCAAUAUACUCUGGGAGUACUGUGCUGUGCCACAGUGUGGGCAGGCGAGCACUGAAGCAGUGAUGAAACCAGAGCCACCAGGCCCCGGUCAGCCACCCCCUGUCCCUCCCGUGUCCACAGCGUCGCCAGCUUACUCCAUGUCUGUCAUUGUUAUCAUCCUGACUGCUCUUGCCGCAACAGUCUUCUUCACCAUUACCAUCCUUGCCUGCCGACGAUGCAGGAAACAGUGGAAGAACAAGCAGAGAGUAAUGGAGACCCCGACACUCACUGCUCUUCCAUCAGAGCUCCUGCUGGAUCGUCUCCACCCAAACCCCAUGUACCAGCGGGUUCCCCUGCUGCUAAACUCCAAACUGCUGGCCCUUGAGUACCCUCGAAAUAACAUCCAAUAUGUUAGAGAUAUCGGCGAGGGAGCCUUUGGACGGGUUUUCCAAGCUAGAGCACCAAGCCUGCUGCCAAUGGAGUCCUUCACAAUGGUGGCAGUGAAGAUGCUGAAGGAGGAAGCCUCAGCUGACAUGCAGAAUGACUUCCAGAGAGAGGCAGCGCUCAUGGCACAGUUUGACCAUCCAAACAUCGUACGACUCCUGGGUGUGUGUGCAGUGGGAAAACCCAUGUGCCUGAUGUUUGAGUACAUGGCCCAAGGUGACCUCAAUGAGUUCCUGCGUCGUCGAUCUCCAACCCAAUCAGUGCGCACCCUGAGCUGUGCCAGCCUAUCCGGUCGCAGUUUCUCUUCUGAGAUUGAGGCCGGACCUCUCUCCUGUUCAGAGCAGUUGUCCAUUUCCAAACAGAUUGCUGCAGGAAUGGCUUACUUAUCAGAGCGCAAGUUUGUUCACCGUGACCUUGCAACCCGGAACUGUCUGGUUGGGGAGGAAAUGGUGGUGAAAAUCGCAGACUUCGGCCUCUCCAGAAACAUAUACUCAGCUGAUUACUACAAAGCCAAUGAGAAUGAUGCCAUCCCUAUUCGUUGGAUGCCUCCAGAGUCUAUUUUCUAUAACCGCUACACCACUGAAUCAGAUGUGUGGGCCUAUGGCGUGGUCUUAUGGGAGAUUUUCUCCCAUGGGAUGCAGCCGUACUACGGCAUGGGUCAUGAGGAAGUUAUUUACUAUGUGAGGGACGGUCACAUACUCUCCUGCCCUGAGAACUGUCCCCUGGAACUGUACAAUCUGAUGAGGCUUUGUUGGAGCACACACCCAUCAGAUAGGCCCAGCUUCAGCAGUAUACAUCGAAUACUGGAGCGGAUGCAUCAAAACACACUAAACGCUGACACUGAGCCUGACUGCUAA